AUUUUUGUUGAACCUUCUUAAGAAUUCAGCGAAAUUGCUGAGUAACCACUGAAAGAUCUAAUCUUAAGGCUUACGCAUAUUUCAUCCACCACAUCAGAACAAUGUCCUACGUUUUUGUAAAUGAUUCUUCUCAGACUAAUGUGCCCUUGCUGCAAGCCUGUAUUGAUGGAGACUUUAACUAUUCCAAGCGGCUUUUGGAAAGUGGCUUUGACCCAAAUAUUCGUGACAGCAGAGGCAGAACAGGCCUUCACCUUGCAGCAGCCCGUGGGAAUGUAGACAUCUGCCAGUUAUUGCAUAAAUUUGGUGCUGAUCUUCUGGCUACAGAUUACCAAGGAAACACAGCUCUUCACCUCUGUGGCCAUGUGGAUACUAUUCAAUUCUUAGUUUCCAAUGGACUCAAAAUUGAUAUUUGCAAUCAUCAAGGUGCUACCCCCUUAGUUCUGGCAAAGCGCAGGGGAGUGAAUAAAGAUGUCAUCCGAUUGCUGGAAUCUUUGGAAGAGCAGGAGGUAAAAGGAUUUAACAGAGGAACCCACUCAAAACUGGAGACCAUGCAGACAGCUGAGAGUGAAAGUGCCAUGGAAAGCCAUUCUCUCCUCAACCCCAACCUACAGCAGGGUGAAGGAGUCCUUUCCAGCUUUCGAACCACAUGGCAGGAGUUUGUAGAAGAUCUGGGCUUCUGGAGGGUGUUGCUCUUGAUCUUUGUCAUUGCUCUGCUGUCUCUUGGCAUUGCCUACUAUGUGAGUGGGGUGCUACCCUUUGUGGAAAACCAGCCUGAACUGGUGCAUUAAAGGAGCUUAUAGGAGGUGAGGCAGAUGCCUGUUUCCUAGCUUCCAGUAUUUGUUCUCAGUUUCUUAAAAUUCUCUUAGUGUAAGGCAGUGAAGGCUGCACAUUUUUCUGUUUGCAUUUUUACUUAUUGUAAUCCUUUUAGAAAGACGAUGUGUUCAUUUGAAUUAACUACAUGCUAUAGUCGAGUAUACUGCAUCCUAAUGCUACCUCUGACUCAACCUGACUUCUUAGGAAAACCUACACAGAGCCUUGUUUGAUAAAAACGUGGAAAUGACUAGAGAAUAGAAGACAAAGGAAGAGGCUAGGAAGUCCUUGCUAUAGAAUUGAAGUAAUUCAAAAAAGAAAAAAAAGAGUUUCUUAUAUGAUUAGUUUUUGUUGGUGGUUUUGUUUUUGUAUGUUUAUUUUUACAAGAGCCCCUUUUCUCUUUUUAUUGACUUUCUCUGGGAAUAGGGGAGAGAGUGAAGCAUUUCAGCUUAAAACUUGAAGUACUUUUUUCAAAUCCUAUAUAUAGCAAAUUAGCAUUGUUAGACUGUUUGGUUUAUUUUAAUACUUUCAAGUCUAGUCACAAACCAAACAGAACUAUUGAAAAUGAGCUAUAUUUUCUUCAAAAAUGAUUUAUUUGAGCUUAUAUUUAUUUGUAUUUAGGAUAAUUUUUCUUUUUUUGUAAAUGGCUUUGGUUGUUAAUAUCUGUGAAAAAUAAACUUGAGUUCAUUUUGUUAACUUUUCAAUCUCCCUUAGUGUUUAUUUUAAAGGUAUUUUAGUCAUCAAAACUACAGUCAGAAAACUCUUUUUUCUACAGAAUAAUUAGCAGGGGAAAAUAAUUCUGAUAUUUAACUGUCACUGUAAUUCUGUAGUGCUAUUAAUAAAGUGAAAAAUUCAGUUCUGUAAGCUAGCUGUGCUAUCAAAAUUGUAUCAUAGUUCAUACUUACUUCCUGCGAAUUCCUGUUUAGAGGCCCUGUUAGACUUUUUGUAACAAUCUCAUCCACAUCAGUAAUUCUCUGAUGGCAAGAACGGAUGGAGUAUUUCUGAGUUAACAGCACUGAGCAAUAUUGUACUGGGUUAUAAACUCUUUAUGAAUGGUAAUAUUAUGUAAAUUGAAAUCUGGCCCCCAAACUAUAUUGCAGCUUUCAACAGUAUGUUUGAAAGCCUAUUUUGUGAAUGAUUCUGUAAUGUAUAAAUUAUAUUCUUGGCUUAUUAAAAAAGAAUAGGAAGCCUUGAUAAUUAUUCAUUGGACAAAGUCAGAAAAUUGUAGUGAAAGAGCUAAUGGUUUUAUUUUAUGGAACAAAGACAUCUAAGCUGUUGCUAAUUGAAUUGUUGCUAGAAUUAGAAAUUAUAGUGUAGAAUAGAAUUGAUAUUUCUGUGAUUCUUUUUGCUUCUUGAUAUUUUCUCUUAUGUAUUUAUAUAUCUAGUAUUGAGGCUUUUUCUUUCAUGUGGCUUUCAUCCUCUUUUAAAGAGCUGUUUUAAAAUUCCUGAUUAACUGGCUGUUUCAGGAUCAGCUUGCAGAGUUGCUUUUAGGUAAGAUACAAAUAAAAAAAAUUAUGUGGUGUAAAUACAGCAAAAAGCAGCUGGAUUUAUACUGUGGAGUAUGCUAGAACUCAAAUUUGGAGUAUAUUCAGAGUGAAAUCUUUGAAAUUAGCUUUACAUUUGCUUGUAAAUCUAAACAGAUAUACAAAAUUUGUCAAUAUAUGUGUAAAUAUAUUACAUUUUUUAAGAUUAACAUUUCCCUUUCAGUGCUGAUUUCUUUGUAUUCUGUUCACUGAGUUUAUCAUUCAAUAACACUAAUAAAUGUAUUUAUAAAUCCCUUAA